AUGGCUGGUAUGUCCGUGGAGGACAAGUCCAUUGCGGAAGGUGCGCCUCGCAUCAAGCUGCUGGGCAAUGGUUGGAUAGAUCUGUUUGCUUGUCACGCUUCGGCAGAAGAUGUGGAAGCGAAGCUGGGGCCGCUCUUCUCGGAGUUUCAGCGCCUUUGCGAGGCCUCUGCUGAUUGGAUCUGUGGAGUUCAGAGUGAGGCGCUGUCGGGUGCAGUGGUCCUCUUGGAGGAAAUUGGGGCCGCUCCCGUGCUGCCGGAUGGCCUCGUCGCCGGCAAUUGCUCUGCACUUCUCCAGGGCCCUUCAGAGGACAUGCUUCUGGUGAGUAGAUCUGGCAAGGAAGCUGGGAUGCUGCCCAGCGAAUCAGACUUCGUGAUGGUUCAGUCCUUCGACAAAGAUGCUUGGAGCUGCUGCUUCUGCUCUGCAAAGACCGGAGCAAGGCCGACAUCGGACACGCCGCUGCACUGGGCCUGCUUGAUGACAGCGGCAGACACAUUUGCUUGGCCUGAACGGCCGCUGGUGGCGCUACACGGCCACGCUUUGGCUGAGAAGGAGGGCCUGGAGAAGGCGGAAGCACUAAAGCUGCCAAUCAGCCACGAGGAGACGCUUUUCAGUACGCCGGAGGAUGUGGAAGCCCUGAUGGCGUUAUUCCGGGAUUUCCCGUAUCCGGAGAACAAAGUGUUCAUCCGCAGAGGUCAUGGGUUCUUGAUUCUGUCCAGCAGCCUUGCUGGUGCGGUUGAGGAAGCAGCUUUGCUCAAGCGCAAGGCAUCGAGAUUAGAGAGACCGCUGAUAGAUCGAAUUGUGAACAGCAACGGCUUCGAGGCUUGUAGCAUGGCUUCCAUCAUCCUUUGCAUGGUCUUCCUGGGUGCAGAUGCAGCCUGCUUCACAAGUUGCGAGGCAGCUACGAAGGAUUUUUAUGGAGUCAUGAACAACGUGUUCGUAUUCCUCUUCUUGGCUGAGUGGGUCUUGCGUGUUCUGAAAGAUGGCAAGGCAUACUUCGUGCCGGUGAAGGCUGAGCACGUCUUUGACACGCUCAUCGUCUGGGUUUGUGGCGUGCUGCUUGGGUGGGUGAUUCCUUUAGCUGUUCAAGAUGUUCAGCGGAGCCCGAUCACACAGUCCUUGAACGUGCUCAGAAGCAUGCGGACGCUUCGCUUCUUUACCUUCUUGAAGACUUUCGAGAGCUUUAAGAUGCUGCUCGCUGGAAUUCUGGGCACAGCUACCACGCUGGCUGCCUGCGUAGCUCUGCUAGCAAUGGUGGACCUGCUGUUUGGCAUCCUGGCGAUAGAACUAAUCGGCAACUUCGAGCCUUGGGGACAAGCUCCCAAAGGAACAGCUGCAUGGAACUUCCAGAGCGGGCUGGUGCAGGCCUGCUUGGGCAUGACUCGCUUCAUUUUCUUCGACAAUGCCAUCAAUGUCACCGAGGAGCUGAUGGUGAAGCAGCCAUUCAUUUGGGUGUUCCUGUUCCUCUACAUGGCCAUUUCAGCAUAUGUCAUACUGAACUUGGUCACCGCUGUCAUUUGUGAGAAGGCCCAGUCCAUGACGCAGGAGAAUGCCGCCGAAAUGGCCAAAGAGUUGCGAGCAGAGGAAAAAAGGACUCUGAAAGAGCUGAAAAACCUAUUCUUGAGACUUGACGCUGACGGAAGUGGGCAAGUCACCACCGAGGAGUUCGAUGCUGCCUUCCAGAUCCCGGAAUGCAGGGACAAGUUCCUCCUCUUGGGGUUUGAUGAAGACGAGGCCAAGCGGCUGUUCAAGGUGCUUGAUGCAGAUGGUGAAGGAGAGCUCAGUGUCUCUGAGUUCACCAGAGGCAUGACUGAAGUGAAGGGUGAGGCAACGGCCAGAGGACUUCUGAUCGCGAAAAAGAAGGUGCCAGGGUGCAGUUUGGGACACAGAGAUGUGGAUGAAGCACUGGCCCAUGUCUGA